GUCAGAUCAGACGCCCGGUGACGGGGGCGCCUGCCAGUGUGUCGCGCAGCAAACUCAGACGAUGUUGAACACAUACACGAUCUGGUUGGUCUGCUGAUAGUAUUCUGGACAUGGGCAAUGAGCUCGCGCUUCACAUGGUGGUCUUCUACUGUAAACCUUGCAGCAUUGGUAUACCGCCAGAACCUGGGUUCAGACCCCCACAUGUGGCGCCGACGGAAGACGUCCGAGGACAAGAAUAAGUGCCACCUGCCUGGGACCACUGCCAGUUCCACGACUUCUUGUGAAGUCAUUCCAGCGCCAAGAGUGGGAAACUUAGUCAGGAGGGCCUGUGUAAGGUGUCAGUGGAAGAGGCGAUGGUCUAAGACCCAGUGCGCCAUCUUGCUCAUUCGCAGCGGUCACUGGUGCGCCCCUUCUCUCGGGCCAUCCCCUGCGGAGGAUCCAAUCCGAUCGAGGCCGAGAUAGAGCGUCAUGCCGUCCUGGAGGGCCUAUAUAGUAUAUAGUCGACGUCGUCCUCAGUAUGUCCU